UCCAACCAAAAAAUGCUUGCGGUUGAAUUUUGUUUUCCUAAGCUUUAUUCUGAAUUGGAUGCCUCUAAGCAUAUCUCAAAAGUUAAGGAGAUAAUUAAUUCUCUUUAUGAGGAGUAUGUUGUUGAAGAAACUAAUAAAGGAGUGCCUCAUUUACCUGAGUCUGAGAGUUUUGGUUCUUCAAGUGUUAGAAGAAGUCAACAAAAUUCUGUGUAUAAUUGGGAUGAUUUUGAUGAAUAUUGUGCAAAAGUUGAAACUUCAGAGACUAAGAAAUCUGAAUUGGUAGAUUAUCUUGAAAAGGGUCGUCUAAAGAAGAAUGAGAUUCCUAAAAUUUUUUCAUGUUUAGAACGGUGGAGGAUGAAUAGAAUGCAGUAUCCAAUAUUGUCAAAGAUAGCAGCUGAUAUUUUAGCUAUUCCAGUGAGUUCAGUGGCUUCAGAAGCAACAUUUAGUGCAGGGACAAGAGUUAUUGAUUCUUAUCGUUCAUCUCUCUCUCCAGACACAGUGCAGACUCUACUGUGUGGGGGUGAUUGGCUUCGACAUAUACAUGGACUGAAAAAGAAGACUAAAAAAGCUAAAACUUAUCAAGAAAUUUUUCUUCCAGUAUCUACCUCUUAAAGUAAGUAAGAUUUCAGUUCUUUGUUUAUCAUGUUGUUUCCGGUGUAAUUAUUGUGGUAUGAUUGCUGCAGAAAUUUGAUAUGGAAUUUUGGAAACACAUGUUAAACAAAGAAGAAGAUAUGGAAAUUGCUGCAGAAUUUUGAUAUGGAAACACAUAUGUUAAACACAUGUUAAAGUUGCAGUAUAGGUGGUAUGAUUGAGAAUUUGAUAUGGAGAAGAAGAUAUUGAUUGCUGCAGAAAUUUAAUGUUUUGAGUAGUUUGGGUGGUUUGAAUUUGGAAUAUUAUGUUUUUGGAUUUGGUUAAUUUUGUUGGG